AUGCCUCUGACCAGCCACGGGAUGGGCAGCGGUGCAGGGAAGACUCUCCGGGCUCUGUGUUUCCUGCUGCUGCUCCUCAGAGCUGACUCUGCCAAGAAUCUCUGGAAGCGGGCGCUGCAGGCAAGGCUGCCGGAGAAGUCCCGCGUCAGUAGCAGUGAAAUGAAGGGCGCCUGCCAGGCGCUGCGCUGCCAGGCCGACGCCGAGUGUCCGCGCCACAAGCGCUGCUGCUACAAUGGCUGCACCUAUGCCUGCCUGGAGGCCGUGCUGCCCCCGCCAGUCUUAGACUGGCUGGUGCAGCCGAAACCUCGAUGGCUUGGCGGCAACGGCUGGCUCCUGGAUGGUCCUGAGGAGGUGUUGCAAGCAGAGGCAUGCAGCACCACCGAGGAUGGAGCUGAGCCGCUGCUGUGUCCCACGGGCUACAAGUGCCACAUCCUGAGCCCAGGUGACAUGGCCAAGGGCAUCCCCAACCGCGGGCAGUGUGUCAAGCAGCGUCGGCAGGCAGAUGGGCAAUUCCUACAACAUAAAUUGCACAGAGAAUAUCCAGACGGUGACUCCAAGAAUGUGGCGGAGCAUGGUCGGAGUCAACAGAGGCACGUUCAGUGA